AUGAUAUAAUUAACCAAAGAACAUCUUCAUGACUAAAAUAAGAAACUUACACAAGAAAAUCAAAGAUUAGAAUUAGUUGUCUAUGGUCUCUAAAGAUAAUUAUAAAAUCUUGGCUCUUUUAUAGAAAGGGCAAAAUUACAAUAAGACUAAGUUGAUAUCCUUAACCAAGAAUUGGGAAAUGUUAGAAGAGACAAUACUCAUUUAUAAGAAAUCAUAAUAUCCUUACAAUCUGAAUUGAAUUCAAUCACUAAACCCAUAUAAAUAGAAACACCUUAAAUAAAAGAAAUUGAAACCUUUAAAUAAUUUUAUGAAGAAUAACUAAAUGUACUUACAAAAGAAAAUGUUAGAUUAUAGAAAUUAAUUAAAGACUUAAAUAAUAAAUAAAUUUCUAAUCUUUAACUAUCUGCAACAAAAUUAGUUGAACUUGGAAUAAAAAUAGAUUAAAAAUUAGGAGAUUCAUCUCAUAGAAGAAUGCUAAGCAAUCCUAUUCAUUAAAGUCCUAAAGGAAUCUCUAAAGAAAUCUAUCAAAAUUUAAUCCUAUAACUUUCUAAUUAAAGCACUGAAGAAAAGUCAAUCCUUGCAUCUUAGUAUUUUAUUAAAAUUAUCUCAAACUAGGUCAAAAAUUAAACUUCUAGAUUCAAAUAUCUUAUCUCAAACAUCAUACAAACAAUCUAAAUUACUAGGAUUAUAGGUUUCAUAGCAAGACUAACCUCUGCCUUCCAUUCCCAACCAUAUUAAAAAAUGA